CGUAAGUUGUUACGGGCUCCUGGAUUUAAAAGUGGAUCCGCGAUGCAUUUUGUUGAGAAUAACGUUAUUUGCUAGAUAAAAAAAGAGUUUUGUCUUCAUUAAAUAUUCCGGCAGAGAAUAUUUUAGGGCAGAGGUAUAAAAUCACAGUGUGCUUUACAGAAAUGAACUGGGAAAAUCAGCUGAGCUCCAUCCUGUCAGUCACCGAUGGCAGCAUAGCAAAGAUGAGGGAGAGAUUGACUCCUCUUGGAAAAUUCUCCAAAGAAGAUGACGACUUGUUUCCAGUGAGGCAGAGUGCACUCGGUUCAGAUUUGGACCCUCCUGCCCUUUCUCCUAGAAUCCACCCUCACAGCCAGUCGUCCCUAGCUCUGGGUUCUGCUGUUCAGUGGGCAGACCUAGCGUCUGUCCAGUCACAACUCCAGAUACAGAGCCAGGCAAUUGAGGCCCUCACACAGAAACUCCAUGACCUGGAGAGGGAAAAACGGUCUCAGCAGUGUCACAUUCAGACUCUACAAGAUGAGGUUCAGAGUCUCCACGAGGAGCUGAGAAAAGGACAAAGUCCAGGAUUGGAGCAAAGGAUGGAGCAGUGGAGGAGAGAAGUUGGGCGUGAGCUCAGCAGUCUGCGGGGACACGUAAAACAAGCCACAUCGCUAGGCAACCUGGAGAAGAGUGUUAGCAUACAGCUUUGCAGAGAGGAGUUGGAACACCUACAGAGAGAGUUGGACCAACUGAAAACACAACUGAGGAGGCAGGAGGAGGACACGUACCUCCAGCAGGCAGAGGCGAGGGAGACCAGAAGACAGUAUGAGCGCAGCUGCAAAACACUGAGCGAGUUGACAGACAGCUACAAAACACACAGCAGUGACCUGUUAAAGACACUCUCCCAGUAUUCUCACACCCAGCAAGAGAUGCAACAGAUCAGGUCAGAAGUGUCAGAGCUGAAGGAUGAGAUGAGGAGUUUGGGUCUCCAAGGACACAAACAAACACACCUGCCGUCUGCACACACAUCAGGUCCCUCCCCACCACCAGCAGUCCCUCACAUCCAGAAGACAAGUGUCCGAGCAGAAGAAGCAGAUUCUGACUCUGAGGACUUCAGCCCGACCCCGAGCCUCGCUGAGAUCAGCUCAGAUGAUCUGUCGUGGCUCGAUGACAAAGACCCCGCUCCACAACCACGAGCACGUCUCAGCAUUCGGUCCAGACCAAGUGAUUUUACUGGUCCAGAUUCAGAUGUGGAGAGUCACCAUGACAACCGGGAUGAAGAUGAUUAUCUUCUUGAUGAUGAUGAUGAUGAUGACGAUAACCCAGAGUUAGGAUCUGACUUAAGUCUUAAUGACCUCUGACCUUUAAUACAUAAGUUAGUAAAAGUGAGAACACCAGAUGGAAGAAAAAAAACGUUGUUGUACCUGUAGCGUGAUGAACUGUCUGAAAUAAAGGAAAGUAAGAGAUGCA